CGCCGCCGAUGUUUUCCUACGCGGGACUGGGCGCAUGGCGCGGCCGCCGGGGCCGCUUCUCCUCCUUCUCCUUCCUCUCCGCUUCCUCCUGCACCUCGCCGGGGCCGCGGGGCGGCCCUGCGGCCCCGCCGGACUGCCACGGGACACGGUGUUGGGCCGCCUGGGAGCCAACAUCACUCUGACCUGCCAGGACGAGGAGCCUGCAAACGGCUCGGUGCUGUGGCAGGUGGAGAAGCAGGGAGCAGCAGGGCAGCUGGCAGAGGGAAACAUGCUGCUCCUGAGGCAGCUGCGCUACGAGGACUCAGGGCACUACAGCUGCUCCGUGGGGAGCCACCUGCUGCGCUCCCUGCGGCUGCUGGUGGCAGCACCUCCCUGCCUUGCAGAGCCCCCUGAAACUCCCCAGGUGUCCUGCUACCGGCGGAGCCAUGACAAGGAUGUGCUGUGUGAGUGGCCACAGCAGAAGAAGCCAUCCCCAGGGACACGGGCGAUGCUCUGGGUGAGGAGGAGGUUUGUGGCUGAGAAUGCCACAGAGCAGCGGUGCCGCUACUUCUCCAAGGCACGGAAGUUCCUGUGCCGGCUGAAGGUGCCACCUGGCACUGACGACACCAAAAGCCUCGUGGUGUCCACGUGCGUCAGCAACAGCGCCGGUGGCUCGGCUGGCAAAGACAAGAUCAUCACCCUCAGCAGUGUCUUGAGGCCAGACCCGCCAGUGAAUGUGACGGUGCAGGCUCUGGAGAAGGCCCCGCAGCGGCUGCGGGUGAACUGGUCCUACCCCCCCUCCUGGGACCCCCGCUUCUACUGGCUCCGCUUCCAGGUCCGCUACCGCCCCGAGCCUUCCCCGACCUUCAUGGAGGUGGAUCAGGUGAUGACAACUUGGCUCGAUAUCCGCGACGCGUGGCGCGGGACGAGGCACGUGGUGCAGGUGAGGGCCAAGGAUGAGUUUGGCCACGGCACGUGGAGCGAGUGGAGCCAGGAGGCCGUGGGCACCCCCUGGACAGACCCUUGGGAGCUCACCUCUGAAAUGGAGCCUUUCAGCUCACAGGUCCCCACGGAAGAUGGCACCUAUGGGGUGACACUGUCCCCCAGGCUCUUCGAGGAGGAUGAUGCUAAUGGUGCUGGUGGGUCUGUCAUGGAAUCCAGCACCCAUCCUGUGGCAUCCCCCUACGCCUUCCUGGUCACCGGGGGCAGUCUGCUCCUUGGCAUCGCCCUCUUUGUUGGCAUCGUGGUGAGGUACAGGCAGAUGUGGUGGACAAGUGGCCAGGAGACGACCAAGCCAGAGGGCGAGGGGCAGCACAUGCUGGUCCCUCUGAGCCUACCCCCACCCACACUCAGUGACACCCCUCUGCUCUCACACCCUGCCCCCUCAGCCCCCGGAGUGCUCCACACAACUCAGGCAGAUUAUUCCUCCUCAGGGCAGUAGCCAGGGGCUGAAUAUGUUGGUAGGUGCUUGGGGGUUGGAUGGGGGGGUCCCAAGGCUUCGAUGUGGCUCUGGGAUCAGUUCCCCCCCAUUAUCUGGUGGCUCUGUGGUUGGGACAAGCCUCUGAGGAGGAGAAUCAGUGCCAUCCCCCAUGGGGAGCAGCUAGGAAAAACUCAGACUGGGUCCUGGGGGCACCCUCAGCACCAAGCUGGGAUGGCCAGAGUGACAGCACUGGAAGCGUGGCUGCACCAGAGCUUGGGAGCUGGCCCAGGACCGAGUCUGGGGGUCCCACUGGGAAGGGCCUGGUCCCUACAGUGCCACAGGGAUCGGGGAGGGAGGGCCUGGCUGGAUCAGCCCCACACCUCUGCUGCAGCCCCCUUGGGGCUCCUUUUUAAAGCACACG